AUGGCUUUAUUAGUAAAUAAAAUUUCAAAUUUAACGAUUAUAGAUAUUGAUAUCAAUAAAUCAUACAAUGAUGAACUUAAAGAAACAGUUAGAAAAGAUAUUUUAUCAAAACUUUCGGAUAAAGAUGUUAUCGUUAAAACCGCUUCAGGAGGUCUUCACAUUUAUUGUAACACUAAUUUCUUCUAUUCAGUUUCGAACAGAAUGAUUAAAUGCUAUUCCUGCAAUGAUUAUGAUAUUGACAUAAUGACUUCUAUGGAUGAUUCAAAGCGUUCAUUAGUGGUUAUGGCUGAUUCAAGAGUUCGCAAGAAUGCAACAGAACCAAUCAAUACAUACUCAUUCAUUCGUGGAAGUUACGAUUCAACAUUAACUAGAACAGUAAACGAUAUAUUAAAUGAUUUGAAUAUUAAGGUAAGAGUUGAACAGAAGAAUGAAGAAAUAAAGAGUAUAAUGAAUGAAAACAAAGAUGUAAACAUUGACGAUAAACUUGCCCAGAGCAUAGUUGAUGGUAUCAGUGAUUUUGAAGUACAUAAUGACGGUGGAAACAUGAAUUUAGAAAAAGAAGUUACAUUAUUCACACUGUUUCAAGCAAUUAAUUCGUUACCUAAUCAUUUAAUUAAUGAAGCAUACGAUAACGUUUAUAACUUCUGCAAUUUAACUGAAAAUGCAAAAAGUAAUUUUGAAAAAGCACGUAGUAGAUAUGCACAUUUAAUGACUUCUCCAUUUGUUUUGGUGAAGAUUCUAAAACUAUAUCAAAAGGAAUAUUAUGAUGAAUACGUUUUACCUUUAUUACGUAAGCCAAAAAUAACAUUUGAUAUAAAACUUGAUGACUCGUUUUUGAUAACAGAUAUUAGACGC